AUGAAAUUUCUAUCCGUCGUCAUUGGGGCCUCUUUCUUGGUUGGGGCAUUAGCCCUGUCCCGUUCUGGUGACACCCUCGGGAUUCAAAACUCCAACUCCCCGCAGCGUGGAGUUAUAGACGGAAUAUCUCAAGCCAUCAGGACAAGGAAACCGAAUGGGUCGAGACCAAAGAACCGAAUCGACGUUUUUACCAAGCCGAGAUCGUGCUCUAAUCAGGGAUGGUUUUGUGAGGAUAACGAUCGAUGCAGAUACUGUAACGGUGUAUGCAAGAUCAAGGAAGGGAAAGAUUAUGGGAAGUGUGUCGAUGUUCCCCGACCGCCUUCCUGUGCCAAGGAAGCCCGAGAUUGUGAAAGUUCGGCCCAGUGCGCAGGCUGCGAUGGUAUUUGUCAAAUAGAGGAAGGCGAAAACACUGGUACCUGUGUCGAUAAACCGCAGAAGUGCACCGAUCUCUAUACAGACUGUAAAACGUCCGAUGACUGCGGAUACUGUGGAGGAACUUGCGACAUCCUUGAAGGAGAGAAGUUCGGUCUCUGUAUCGAUAGAGAGGAGAACUUGGAGAAUGCGGCCCGGAGUCUAGCGAACAAAAUCAUAAUCGUCAUAACGGAAUAG